GGGCCGAAGCGGAAGCUAGCGUGGAGCGGCGACAGGGUUUGAGCCAUGGAUGCCAGUGCGCUAGAAGUGGACGCCCUACGGUUUGCACAGCUCGCGGUGCAGCGCGACCAAAGCGGCCGCUACCGGGAGGCGGUUUUCUACUACAAGGAGGCUGCGCAAGCCUUGAUUUAUGCUGGAAUGGCAGGCUCAAAUUUGGAAAAUAUUCAAGAGAAAAUAAAUGAGUAUUUGGAGAGAGUCCAAGCUUUGCAUUCAGCAGUUCAGUCGCAGAGCAUCGACCCUUUGAAGUCAAAACAGCAAUUGGACCUAGAGCGUGCCCAUUUCCUGGUUACGCAAGCCUUUGACGAAGACGAUAAGGGCAACGUGGAGGACGCUGUAGAAUUAUAUACGGAAGCAGUGGAACUCUGUUUGAAAACAGCUAACGAAACUUCAGAGCCAAGUCUUCAAACAAAACUGAAGCAGCUGGCUCGACAAGCACUGGAUAGAGCAGAAGCACUUAAGGAGUCUACGUCAAAGUCAUCUCAAAAAGACAAGUCAGCUGCAGUUAAACCAAAUCAGCCUGUUAGAGCAUUCUUUCCAUUGGGACCUGACUUUUCCUUGAAUGAUAAACCACAAACAGCCAGGGCAGUGCAAGGUAGUGAAUCUCAUGGUCAGAGAUACACCACAGAGGAGAUUGAAGUGCUCAGAAAGACCUCAAAGAUAAAUGGUAUUGAGUAUGUCCCUUUCAUGAGUGUUGACCUGAGGGAGCGUUUUGCCUUUCCAAUGCCAUUUUCAGAUAAAUGUGGCAAAUUACCACUGUCCCCCAAGCAAAAGGCAAUUUUUGCCAAAUGGGUACGGCCUGAUGACCUAACAAAUAACCCUAUAAUGAUCUAUACGGUGUCAAGUUUCAGCAUAAAGCAGACAAUAGUAUCUGAUUGUUCCUUUGUGGCAUCACUGGCUAUCAGCGCAGCAUAUGAGAGGCGGUACAACAAAAAGCUGAUUACAAGCAUAAUUUACCCACAGAAUAAAAAAGGAGAACCUGAAUAUAACCCAUGUGGGAAGUAUAUGGUAAAGCUUCAUAUCAAUGGUGUCCCUAGAAAGGUUAUAAUUGAUGACCAGUUGCCUGUAGACCAUAAUGGAGAACUUCUUUGCUCUUAUUCUAACAACAAAAAUGAAUUGUGGGUUUCUCUGAUAGAAAAAGCUUACAUGAAGGUUAUGGGUGGAUAUGAUUUUCCUGGAUCAAAUUCUAAUAUUGAUCUCCAUGCACUGACAGGUUGGAUACCUGAAAGAAUUGCUAUGCAUUCAGACAACCAAACUUUCAAUAAAGAUGGUACUUUCAGAAUGCUUUAUCAGAGAUUUCAUAAAGGAGAUGUUCUUAUCACAACAGCAACAGGAGUAAUGUCUGAAGAGGAAGGGGAGAAAUGGGGUUUAGUUCCAACCCAUGCAUAUGCUGUUUUGGAUAUAAGAGAAUAUAAGGGACAUCGAUUCCUCCAGCUGAAAAAUCCCUGGAGUCACUUACGUUGGAAAGGAAGAUACAGUGAAAAUGAUAUGAAAAAUUGGACCCCUGACCUACAAAAAUACCUAAACUUUGAUCCCAGGACAGCUCAGAAGAUUGACAAUGGGAUAUUCUGGAUUGCCUGGGAGGAUCUCUGCCAGUAUUAUGAUGUUAUUUAUUUGAGUUGGAACCCAAGUCUUUUUAAAGAAUCUACAUGUAUUCACAGCACUUGGGAUGCAAAGCAAGGUCCAGUGAAAGAUGCCUACAGCCUGGCUAAUAAUCCGCAAUACAAACUGGAGGUACAGUGUCCACAAGGUGGAGCUGCAGUGUGGAUCCUGCUUAGCAGACACAUUACAGACAAGGAUGACUUUGCUCACAACCGAGAGUUCAUUACACUGGUGGUGUACAAAACAGAUGGGAAAAAAGUUUACUAUCCAGCUGACCCAUCUCCAUAUAUUGAUGGGAUUCGGAUAAACAGCCCCCACUAUCUAACAAAGAUAAAGCUGACCUCUCCAGGAUCCCACACGUUUACCUUGGUGGUGUCACAGUAUGAGAAACAGAACACAAUCCACUAUACUCUCAGGGUGUAUUCAGUAUGCAAGUUCACCUUUUCCAAGAUCCCUACACCAUACACCACCUCCAAAAGGGUUAAUGGGCAGUGGAAAGAUCAUAGUGCUGGAGGAUGUGGGAAUUUCAGAGAUUCCUAUAAAAACAACCCCAUUUAUCAGUUUCAGCUAGAGAAGACUGGGCCAUUACUAAUUGAACUAAGAGGACCAAGACAAUACAGCGUUGGGUUUGAACUUAUCACAGUCUCUACAGUAGGAGAUCCUGGUCCCUCUAGCUUUCAGAAAAAGAACAGUGGCGAUUACAGAUGCGGCUUUUGCUACUUGGAAGUGGAAAAUGUACCUCCUGGGGUUUAUAAUAUCGUUCCAAGCACCUUUCUGCCUCAACAAGAAGGUCCUUUCUUCUUGGACUUUAAUAGCAUUUCCCCUCUUAAGGUAGCACAGCUUCAGUGACACGGCACAUUACACUGCUGUCUAGGGAAACAGUCAAGAUUUUACAGCUAUGCCACAUCCAGAGAACAUGGGAAGAACCUAUAUAUAAUUUGCAUAAAAGGGAACUGCAGUCUACCUGUAGAAGCCCUAGCCAAAGGCACAGGGCAGUCUGCUUUAUUUAACUGCAAACAGGCAGUUUACUUACAGCUUUUUGUAGUGCUGGCAUCAAAGAAAAAAUGCUUCAGAUUUUGACUGAAGGUAUAUUGAAUGUGUGAAUAUGGUUGAAAAUAGAUCUUUUGACUGUGUAUGAAAAUGAAUCGGCAGACCUUAAUUUACUGCAUUUUUGUUUUAAAUUGAAACUUGAUGAAGUAGUGGAAAGAGAAGAACUAAGUAUUGAAGUCUUUCCUCUUCUUCCCAAACACAGGGUAUAUUAUUUCUUAUGACAUAAUUCUUAGUAAACCAUUAAGAGAAAAGGAAGGGUUCCUGUGUACUGUGCUUAUUCCAGAAUAACUGAAAGGCAUUAGUGCCGUUGUCAUGCAUGCCUAGUGCUCAGAAGUAUUUAGGUGAGAAAAUCAAUUGCACUCAAGUAAAAUACACCUGAAUUUGCUGCUUCUGAGCAUCAGCGUGUACAUUGAAUUCAUAGUAGCUUGCCACCAGCAGCCUAUGCCUUCAUUUGGAGGAAGAAGAUAGCAAUGGCUAGAAUUCUCCCCGUCUAAGAGAGCACUUCACUGCACUUCCAGGCACUUUUGUACUCAUCAGCUUCUUAUUCCUAAGUAUGUAUGACAUUAAGAUGGCACAUCCCUAAGAACAUUUUCUUUUUCCUUCUCGGCACUAAGACCUUUAUUCCAGCCUAGUAUUUAAAACUGUGGGAAGAUUUUUGUUGGCCUAAUCUAUAAGCAGUAUAACACUACUAGUUCCAUUUGCAGAAAAGCAGCUGUAACAUUGUUAGCUUCAUGACUGAGAAUCAUGAUUUUGUCUUUAAAAAUCAGCAGUUUAAAUGCUGCUUCUCCGUGAACGGGGCUUUUUGGAGCUGAGUGCAGGCAUUCCAAGAAGCUCCUCCAUAAUAAGGCACAUGGAAGAUCACCUAAGCACCUGUUAUGGGUUGUUGUUUGUUUUUUAAAUAGUAAGUGUCAAGAGAAAAGAUGCAUGUUCUUUGACCUUAAUCCCCUGAAGUAAAUGUAAGAACUCCUACUGAAAGGAGUGGGGGUGGCCCAGAUCACCUCCCCUCCCCCAGCUCAAUUUUGGUAUAUAUUAUUCCAAAAA